UCGGAACACGACGACCAAGAUUUACGAUUUAUUUUUAAUAAUUUGUACAAAGGUCUGAAUAAUAUCAAGGCUCAGCAGUGCAAUGCCACUUGCAGAUGGCAUGGUUGUGAUAGUACAAGUACUUUUUCUUCGAUUUCAGAUCUCAAUGAACAUUUAUACAAACAUCAUGUAGUUUGUAGUGAUGCAAAUGUACCACCUUGUCAGCGUGUGUAUUCCUGUUUGUGGGAUAAUUGCACCCAUAAACCCUUUGGUACGUUGAAAGCCUUAAAGUGCCAUAUAACUGAACACACAGGUGUAGAGUCUGACAAGUUCAUUUUGAUUUUGUUGGCAGAUCAGGCCAAAGCCCUGGUGACACCUAAACGCCAGAUGCGAUGGCACCCACUUGUAAUCAGAUGGUGUUUAAGACAUUAUCGCUCAAAUUCUAAGUAUGAGGCCUUGUCUAAGUCUGGCUUCUUGAGACUCCCAAGUGGACGUACUUUGAGAGACUAUAAAAACUUUUCUACCGCCUCAAGUGGGUGGCACAUUUCUUCUUUACAGAGAAUGAGGGAAACUUUUCAUGUAAAGAAAAUCAAACCACAUGGAAAUGUAGGCUUCUUAGCCUUUGAUGAGGUGAAAAUUAAAGAGGGUUUGAUUUGGGAGCCGAACACCAAUAGAUUAGUAGGAUUUGUGGAUGUCGAUGAAAUCCCCACAGAUCUAGAUCUUACAACUGUCAGAUCUCCGAAGUCUGAAAAUGUGCAAUGUCAUGAGCAAGUAGCGACACAUGUGAUGCAAUUUAUGUUUAAGAGUUUAUUUGCACCAUUUUCUUUUCCUGUUGCGUACUUCCUAACAAAACGUUUCACAGGAGUACAGAUUAAUCGUAUGUUCUGGACAGGAGUUGGUAUGUUACAUGAUUUUGGUUUUCACAUUGUACUUUCUGUAUGUGAUGGUGAUUCAGCUAAUCGCACUUUUAUUAGAAUGAACACUGGCGAUACUGGUCAUAUGUGUGAGAAUACUUUCAGUUCAGGUCCUAUUUUUUUCAUCAGUGGACAUGAGCAUUAUCACACUAGAUGUUUACGGUAUGAUGGAAAAGACAUAAUUUGGAAACACAUACAGUCAGUUUUUGACAGAGAUAGAAAACGCCCACUUGCUUUGACUAGGUUAACUAAACAACAUGUCUAUUUAGACAACUGGGCCAAGAUGCGAGUGAACCUGUCUGUACAUACAUUGUCCUCAGCUGUUCAACGGGAAAUGCAUGAACAUGAAAAUAAUGCAACAAUGGCCUGUCAAUUGUAUACUUCUAAAUGCAAUGACCUCUGGACAGUUUGUAAUAGCGAUUUACCUCUUAAGAAUUGUGAUGACUCAAGAAUGGGUGAGUUAAAACAUGUACAGGGGUGUUUUUGUUCUGGAAAAGAAGACUUGAAGCUCAGUUUCAUUCCAAGUCAGAAGUUGCAAAACACUUCAUUUCAUGGCAAACAUUUGAGGACCUGAAUCUGACUAUUGACACUUACUCAAGUUUGAUUUCUUACAUAUCUUCUCCUCAGUUCCAGGCUAUUUAUCCUGGUGUUUAUGUAGUUCCAAAGAGGUUGAAUGAAGAUUGUGUUGAAAAUUUCUUUUCCUUAGAGAGGGCUGCUGGAGGGGGAAAUACAAAUAUGACUGCCUUUAUCUAUGGAUAUAAUGUACAAAGUAUUAUUUCCACAAGUACAUGUAAGGCAGACCUGAAGUCCAAUACUUCAGGUCCU